UAUAAUAAUAUUUAUUUAUUUGCCAAAUUAAAAAAAAAAAAUUAUCUGCCUCUUAUCUAGGGUUAGAUUAGGCUCUCUCUCUAGUUUUUUCUCUCCUCUAGUUAGGAGCACCUUCUUUCUUCUCCUUUUCCCAUUGGUAGCAACCUACAUGGUCCACAAGGGCCUUCAGACCACAGAAGAUGUCCAACCACGGGAGGCUGCAUCCUGUGGUGUGUGGAAGUUGCAGAUCUUGUCUCUCUCCUUUGCUAGACCUGGUUGUUUGAGGAAAUCACCUUGGAAGUUGGCUUUGGUUACCUCUGAAGAUGAAAGGGCUACUACAAGAAUUUCAGCAUUUACCUGCACUUUAUUUCAGGCGCUUACUAUGUGUGCUGGAAAUCCUAACUUGGGUAUUCUCCCUUUCGUUCUUUUCAUUUUCAAAACUUUUGUCUCAUUUCCAGAGUCUCUCCACUGGGUAAGUAGAAACCCUAAACCAAUUGCAGUUGAUUUUGAUUUCGCAUUAUCCUUUGUGUCUUCUCCUUCGAAUCUCAUCAAGUACUCUAGGAAACAAUCGAGGGAGGUGGGAUUCCUCUUUUUCACAAUCGUCUCCUCCGAUUCUCGUACCACGACCAUGAAUAACGAAUAGUAAGCUUCGUUUAUCCUCCAAUCUUUCGAUUGCGAUUGAAUUUUCGAUUUGUUUACCUCGAAUUUACGUUUUCUGAUGUUUACGUUUUUUCUGUUUUGUCUUUCCAUCACAAAUUAAUUUAUAUGUCCUACUUCCGUGCUUGGAUGCUUUGGAUGAGUUAUUUUGAUUAAUUUAGUGCUACAAUCUUUUCUAAUUUCAUCUGAUUUUAAAGAACUGCCCCUUAUAUCUGGACACAUGCUUGGAUAGUUAUAUUUCUGUGUUUUUGCAUUCUUAGGCUAUGUGCUAACAACAUGCAGACUUGAGUUCUAUUAGCAUGAAUGAUGAUUUCAUGCAUUGUCCUUGGAUUUCAUCUAUUAUUUCUAUUGCCAUUGAUAGAUAGCCUUGUAGCUUUGUGGAAUUUUGACAUGAAUACCAUGAUCUCUUAGCACAAAAUGCAGAAUAUAAUGGGAGAAGGAUCUAUCUAGUAUCACUGCUAGGGUAAAUGCAAACCAGCCUUCUUCUUCUUCAUCAAGCCAGCCCUCUUCAUCAAGCCAGCCCUCCUCAUCAAGCCAACAGUCUUAUUCAAGCCACCCUUCUUCAAGCCAAAUGUAGUAAUCUUGUGUUAAUUAUUCUGGUUUUUGGAUGCCAUUGCUUAAAUUAAUUAGUGUCAUAUAGAUGUUUUGGUGACAGUUUGGUAAGAAAUGGUUUGAAGUAAUUGUAGGCUAUAGAACUUCUUUACUUGGUGACAAUCAGUGUCAUAGACGCAUGAAUUGACAAAUAUUUUGAAUAUAUGGAUGAAUGAAUU